UGACAUGGACUGCCUUCAAAAGGAUGGAGGUGUCGUGCAGACAAAUAAUGUUCUGGCACUACCGCGCCAUGGAAAAUAGUGACGAGCUUUAGGUUACCGUCAUCGACAGCUAUGUGUACGUCAACUAACCUCCGAUGUCGUUCAGUGAGGACCUCAGAAGCCCUCGCCGCGAGUGUGCAUGCAAGUUAGACCAUCGGUCAAUGAACCCCAUUGGUCGGGUUCGUGUACUCAAAUCUUUCGGUGCACCCCUGGUCCACAUAUGUCAGAGUAACACCACCUACAAGCAGAUUACUUUCUCUCGCCUUAAUUCCGUGCCCUCUUGUGCCUCAGGAGAUACUGUCUCAUCAUUCUCAAACCAUACGCAUCGCUCCUCUGCCAUGGUCUGCCAUUGGACCCAUCGAGACCCACCGAGAACGCCUGCAGAACGAUCCAUGUUGCCUGCCGGAUUUCUACAGUAUUACCGAGCUCUGCGGCAGCAUAUAAACUCUUUCAUAGAUGCAACCCUGCUUCAGUCAUCCGGCCAACGGUACUGCUCCAUAUUGACACGGCCCGGCUCCGCGGAAUUGAGAUACAUUAAUCUUAGUGUUGACAUCGCGGCCAACAUCAAUGCGUCUGCUUCGCUCAUUGACUUAUAUUUAAAGCGCUAGUUGGUAGUAAUAGUGACCCGGAAAUCACGCAGCAAGGUCCUGUACUGGCCCAGCCCCAGGACGCAGCCUUUUCAGUGACAUCAACAACCCGUGAAGUUAUAUUGAAAACCCAAAAAAUGAAAAAAAAAAAAAAAAGUACGACUCGCAUAACAUGAGGACCCAGUACUACGUCUAUCAUGGGCCCAUUGAAAGGGAC